CUGCAUCUAAUGCGAUGAUUUGAACCAUGGUCUCCCCAACUUAGAGUGCUUUUGUGCCUGGUCGAUUUAUCACAGAUAAUGUGAUGGCAGCUUUUGAGUGUUUUCACACGAUGAAGAGAAGACAAAAAGGAAAGAUUGGCCAUUUUGCAGCAAAAAUUGAUAUGGCAAAGGCACAUGAUCGAGUGGAGUGGAGUUUUCUAGAAGGAGCUAUGCGGAAAAUGGGUUUUGCUGAAGCAUGGGUACAGAAGAUUAUGGUAUGUGUACGGUCUGUUACUUACUCUAUCUUAGUAAAUGGCAACCAGUCAGCAGCUAUUUCUCCGGGGAGAGGGAUCAGGCAGGGAGACCCAUUGUCACCCUACCUGUUUCUGUUAUGUGCGGAGGGAUUGUCAGCAUAUACUGAGAAAGCAGUUCAGGAAAAACGGUUACAUGGGCUUCAACCUGCUGCUGGUGCUCCUGUUAUUUCCCAUCUGUUUUUCGCGGAUGAUAGUAUUUUCUUUGCCAGAGCAACUCAACAGGAAUGCAUCAUCCUGAAAGAGAUUUUGUCAGAUUAUGAGAGGGAGUCGGGCCAGUUGGUAAGCUUUCAAAAAUCAGAAGUUUCUUUUAGCAAGAAUGUCUCACCGCAUAACAAGUUGAUUAUUGGAGGCACUCUGGGUAUGAGCAUUGUUGAGAAACAUGAGAAAUAUUUGGGAUUAGCAACAACUGCAGGGCGAUCAAAGAAGGAACUAUUUUCUGGGUUAGUAGACCGAGUUCGGAAGAAGCUAAAAGGGUGGAAAGAAAGAGUGAUGUCUGUUGCAGCACGAGAAGUCCUUAUUAAGUCUGUGGUUCAAGCUCAGUUAUCAUACGCGAUGUCGGUUUUUAAAAUCCCGGAGGGUAUUCUUGAGCAAGUACACAGCUUGAUGACGACGUUCUGGUGGGGUCAGAAGGGCUCUGAAAGAAGAGUUCAUUGGAUAAGAAGGGAGGAACUGGUCUGCCCAAAGAUGGAGGGCGGUAUGGGCUUUCGGGAUAUGAAGGGAUUUAAUCUAGCACUAUUAGCCAAGCAGCUGUGGAAUCUCUAUCAACGCCCUGAAUCACUGAUUGCAAGGAUCUUAAGAGCAAAAUAUCAUAAGAGGUCGUCCAUUCUGGAGGCGAAUGUGGGUCAUAAUCCCAGUUUUGUUUGGCGUAGCUUAUUUACAGCUCAGGAAUUUUUGCACAGGGGAUUACGGUGGAGGAUUGGCAACGGGGACUCGGUCAGGAUAUGGGGAGACAAAUGGAUACCGCAUAAGGAAAUUCAGUAUGUCACUUCAUCACCGAGGGGAUUGCCAGUGGAUGCGAGGGUAAGCGACUUAAUCGAUCCCAUUACAGAAGUUUGGGAUUUGCCCACUCUCGAGAAAUGCUUCCCGGCGGAGAUGAUUCAGACCGUUCUGCAGAUCCCUCUGCGUGGAUUUCAUGAGCGGGAUAAAUUAAUAUGGAGCUCCAGCAAAGAUGGGAAUUAUACAGUGAAGGAUGGAUAUCAUGUGUGGCUGCAACAGUUCAAGGUGGAAGAGGGAGUGGAGCCGGCAGGUGAUGAGGGAGUUUGGAAGAAGCUUUGGGCGGCGAAGGUAGCUCCGAAGGUAAAAAUCUUCUUAUGGAAGUUCGCUAGGAAUGUGUUGCCGACUGGGGAUCACAUAAGUGGAAAGAGUCAGCGGUGGGGAGACCAGUGCCCGUUCUGCAAUUUGAAAGAGACACAAUUACAUUUUUUCGGCGACUGCUCGUGGACGAGCCGAAUAUGGAGGGCGUCUGACCUCGCAGACUGCUUUGAAUACCAGCCGGCUCUGAACUGCUUCCAAUGGCUGCAGCAGGUGAUGGACCGAGUUGACGAUGAGAAGCUGGGAAGGUGGAGUGUCCUCUUGUGGUUUUUGUGGAAGGAAAGGAAUGCCCAGAUGUUCAAUGGAGUAAAGGUGCCGGAAGAGGAAAUUACGACGAGGGCGUGGAGCUUUUUUGAUGAUUAUCAGCGCCACCAACAACUGCAUCCUAUACAACAAGAAGAGAAGGAAAUGAGCGAAGGAUGGAAGAAGCCAGGGUUGGGGUCUCACAAAAUCAACACGGAUGUCGGGGUUGACGAGGCAGAUGGUAUAAGGCUGGGUGUAGUGAUUCGCGACUCAGGAGGUAAGUUCUUGCUAUCGGCGACUAAGCGAGUACAUGGCAGCUUCGAAGUGGAGAUGGGCGAAGCGCUGGCGGCGGAAUACGGAAUGCAGCUGGCUCUGCAGUUCGCGAUCACACAUCCCAUUUUGGAAUCCGACUGCCUCCCAUUGAUUCAGAAGAUCGACGCAGCGGCAAGUAUACACACAGAAAUUGGGGUGAUUUGCAGAAACAUUCGUCACAUUUUUAAUGAGAUUGGGCAAGGUUCGUGGAAUCAUGUUCGUCGGAUGGCAAAUGAAGCAGCGCAUAUCAUGGCACACUCCAGAGAUCUCUCGUCUAAUGCAAUUGUUUGGUUGGAUAAUCCCCCUCCUUGUUUAGUUCACCAGCUACAGCUGGAUAACGCUAUGGCGGAUUCUGAUUAAUGGAAGUAAAGCAGAUUUUCAGUCAAAAAAAAAAAAAAAACCAUGGUCUCUUCCAUCAAAGACAAGAAUUGUAACUAAUUAGAAUAGACACAUUUAUUGUACUUCAUUAAUACAAAGGCUUAAUUGCAAGUUUGGUCACUCGAAUUGCUAUAAAAUUUCACUUUUGCCACUCAAAUUGAUGUAUUCCAUUUAUAGUCACUUGAAUUAGUUGAACAGUCCAAGUUUGGUCACUCUCCGUUAACCUCUGUUAGACUCCGUUAAUGACGACCGUUAAGUGAUGACGUGGCUAACAGAAAAUCACAGUCAGCAUAUUUUAACACUAAAAAAUGACGACCCGACCCGCCACGUCACAUUUACCCGCCAUGUCAUGCCCAAACCGCGAACCAUCCCAAUUAAUUGACCCCAACCCAAUUAGAAGUCACAGAACCCAUUGUGGUGCUGGGUUGAUUAACCCUAAACCAAAGAUCUAAGAGAAAGCCAUUGAUUCCGAUGGGUUCAGUAAUUCUACCUUGAGAUGGCAAUUAGAGAGCUUAACAAAAACAGAACCCGCUCUAUCCCCUGCAGUUAAUAACAACCACGAGAUUUAGCACGAAAAUAAGGAAUCUGACAGAGAGGAGGAAGGACGGGUAGCAGGUGGCCGGCGACAUACAUGAUUUGGCGAGUUUGAAAUGGUUGGCAGAUUUAGCGUACAACUCAGCGACAUCUUUGCUUGGACCCAAAUACGCUCCAGCCGCUGAUCUUCUUCUCAGCCUUCCUCUCGAAUUCUUCUCCCUUUGCUAUUUGAUCGUCGAUGUCCUUCACCGAAGCGUUGGCCGGAUUUCUGAAUGAUCUCCCUCUUAGUGGAGACCGGAACGACGGUACGCGGGUUGGGCAAUUAAUUGGGUUUCGUUUUUGGGUUUGGGUCAACUAAUUGGGUUGGUUCGCGGGUUGGGCAAGAAGAGCUGACAUGGCGGGUAAAUGUGACAUGGCGGGUCGGGUUGUCAUUUUUUAGUGUUAAAAUAUGUUGACUGUGAUUUUCUGUUAGCCACGUCAUCACUUAACGGUCGUCAUUAACGGAGUCUAACGGAGGUUAACGGAGAGUGACCGAACUUGGACUGUUCAACUAAUUCGAGUGACUAUAAAUGGAAUAAACCAAUUGAAGUGGCAAACGUGAAAUUUUAUAGCAAUUCGAGUGAUCAAACUUGCAAUUAAGCCUUAAUACAAAAUAUAGAGGAAGUUAAAAUUAGGGUUAUAGGUAUAAUAUGCCCCUCUACUAUGACGUUUUAUCUAACAUGCCCCUCUAUUAUUUUUUACAUCAAACAUGCCCCUAUACUUUGUAAAAAUGAUCAAACAUGCCCUUUUGUUAAAAUUUUCAUCAAAAAACCGUUAACCAAGGCCGAACUUUAGUUUGGGUGAUGUCGAUGUCCCUCCCAAUUGCCGAUGUCGGGUCGUCUAAAUCUCAAUUCAACCAUGAUUGACGAUUUUUUCAAUGGAAAUUUUAACAGAAGGGCAUGAUUGAUAAUUUUUUUCAAACUACAUGGGCAUAUUUGAUGUAAAAAAUAGUAGAGGGGCAUGUUUGAUAAAACGUCAUAAUAGAGGGUCAUAUUAUACCUAUAACCCUUAAAAUUAUGAAAACAUAGUACUUUUCUAUCAUGGUUAGUUAGCUCGCUAAGUCUCUUGUAAGUAUUUUGUGGUGUUUGAUAAUUCUAUUUUUCAUAUUUUAAUAAUUAAUUUAGAAUUUUUUCUAACUUAUAAAUGAAGGAUAAUCUUAAAAUCUCAACACAAAUAUCAUUGGUUGGAUGCGCAUUGAAUUGAAGUGUUCAAUGACGACAUAAGAACAUUGGUAUCAUACAUUUCAAGAAAAUAAACAUGACAAACAUCGAUACUAAUUAUCUCGACAGUCUAUGUUCAAAUUCGAAUUUGUUUAAUAAUUUAAUUUGAGUGAUAGUUUAGUCAAAGCAAACAAAUAAUUCACGAUUGUGUAUAAAUAAAAAUAAAAACA